CACUAGUAUUGUAGUUUUUGUCUGGACGGUCGUAUUCUGGGUCCGGGGCUACUUGGUUUUAAAAAUUUACUAAUUUUUCUAAAAUUAGAUUUUAAUCACAGGCCAGCUUUAUUGGAUCUCAAUUAUUCGGUAAAUAAGUAAUAUUUAAAAUGUUGCGUAUAUUCAGACAGCCAUUUACGAAAAGAUUUUUACACCAAGGUGAAAAACAUUUAAAAAGCUUUUCAACAGUACCACAAGCAGAACCAAAGAAACCUGAUAUUAAAACCUCAGUUCCUGGGCCGAAAACAGAAGCCCUACUCAAAGAACUGUCUUCGUUACAGCAAGCAGGUUCGGUGCAACUGUUUGCCGAUUAUGAUAAAUGCAUUGGUAAUUAUUUUGUGGAUGCUGAUGGAAAUACGUUUUUGGACUCGUUUACGCAAAUAUCAUCGAUACCUGUCGGAUACAAUCAUCCGGAGCUAUUGAAAGCUUUUGAAGAUAAACAUAGUCUCAGAUCCCUCGUCAAUCGUCCAGCUCUCGGUGUGUUUCCGGCAGUGGAUUGGCCUCAAAAGUUAAAGAGUGUAUUAAUGGCAGUUGCACCACAAGGCCUAGACGCAGUUACCACAAUGAUGUGUGGUUCCUGUUCUAACGAGAAUGCAUACAAAACUGUAUUUAUGUGGUACCGAUUGAAAGAACGGGGAGGAAAAGUUGACUUCUCACCCGAGGAGAUGGCGUCAUGUAUGGUUAAUCAGCCGCCCGGUUCUCCAAACUUGUCGAUUUUAUCAUUUAAGGGAAGUUUCCAUGGUCGUACAUUUGGGGCCUUGUCGACUACAAGAUCGAAACCAAUACACAAGCUUGACUGCCCCGCGUUUGAUUGGCCGGUUGCUCCGUUCCCGAGAUACAAAUAUCCACUCAAUCAAUUUGAAUCAGAAAAUCACGCGGAAGAUAACAAAUGUCUCGAGCAAGUAGCUGACACAAUAGAGAAAUAUAAAAUGAAAGGAUGCCCAGUAGCCGGAGUUAUCGUUGAACCUAUUCAGUCAGAAGGCGGCGAUUAUGAAGCAUCGCCCUACUUUUUCCAAAAGCUGCAAAAAAUAUGCCAAAAUAGCGAAGCGGCUCUUAUCAUAGACGAGGUGCAGACUGGCUGUGGGCCCACAGGCAAGAUGUGGUGCUACGAGCACUUCAACCUACCCUCCGCCCCCGAUGUGGUUACCUUCAGCAAGAAAAUGUUGACUGGCGGCUUUUACUUCAAGAUUGAAAAAAAGCCCGCGCACCCAUACCGGGUAUUCAAUACGUGGAUGGGAGACCCAGGCAAAUUGAUUUUGUUGGAGAAAGUACUGCAAGUUAUUAAAAAUGAAAAUCUACUUUCCUUGGUAAACGAAACCGGAAAAGUCCUUAAGGACGGUUUACACAAGUUGGAGAUUGAAUUUCCUCAGGUGAUAAACAGCGUGCGUGGACGAGGCACUUUCUUAGCGUUUAACGCUACGAAUACACAAUGCAGAGACAAAAUCGUUGCAGAUUUGAAAACUAAUGGUGUCUUGGGUGGAGCUUGUGGAGAGAACAGUGUUCGCCUUAGACCGGCCCUGGUGUUCGCGCCGAAGCAUGCUGCUAUUUAUUUGGACAUUUUACGGAAAACUCUGCGGGAAAUAUAAGUAUCUCGCAUUUAUAUUCAUGUCCUAACAAAGGCUUAUAGUCGCAAUAAUCUAGGUCAAUUCAGGAUAGUUUUAUAGAUAUAGAUUUUUUGUGAUAUUAUGAUAACUCUAAAAAGCAAUUUGAACUUUUAUGUUUCGCAAUAAUAUAUCAUGCCCUAGGUUUAAAAUAAUUUAUUUUAAAUGAUUAUUUAUAUUAAACGAAAAGGGGCUCAGAUUAUAUUUUAUUUUGUGAUAUUCAGUAUUAUCAAUUUAAGCAUUAAUUUUUUAUGAUGCUGUAUCCAGUGAGCCAUUAAGUUCUAAGAAGUUUCAAGUAUUACUAUUAUAGCAUUUAUUUAUU